AUGGAAUUGAGUUUUUUAAAAACUGAAAAAGGCAAAAAUGUAUUAGUUCAUAACGGAUAUACUUUAACAAAAGAAAAAUAUGGUGCUGAUUCCGAGAUUAUUUGGAAGUGCAGUCAAUAUGCCAGUAAAAAAUGCCCUGGAAGAUGUCAUACACAAUCAAAUAACGUUGUUUGGGACCCUGACAAUCACACUCAUUUACCAGAGGCAUCCAGAUUGGCUGCAAUCCAAUUUAUCUCAGAAAUAAAAGAAAAUGUAACAACUUAUACUAGUACUUCAGCGUCGGUUUUAGCUUCAGCUUCAAAAGAACUAGAAAGAAAAAAGAAAUUCUAGAAGAAGAAGGUGAACUUGGAGAGUUCGAACCAGAGUCAAUCAUGACAGAUUUCGAAAUGACUUCUAGAAAAUCAU